AUGAAACGCGUUCUUUUUGUGGCCGAAAAGAAUGACGUGGCUAAGGGAGUGGCGGCAAUUCUCUCGAACGGAGCAGCCAAUCGAAAGGAGGGACGGAGCAAGUACAACAAGAUUUACACACUUACCACAGAGCUUUUCGGACAGGCAAGUGCGCUCUACUGAAAAUAGAAAGUCACCAGUAGAGCGCACUUCCAUCCUUCCAUGUUCUUGCAGCGAGCCGCCGUGUCGGUGACGAGUGUCUCAGGUCAUCUCAUGAACUGGCAGUUUCACGAGAAUAUGGCCAACUGGCAGACCGUCCCAAUGGUCGAUUUGUUCGAGGCGCCCGUCCGGCACAUGGUCACUCCCGACAUGAAACUGAUUGAGCAGACUUUGAGGUGUACACGAGAGUUACAGUAACCAGAACCUUUGAACUUUCAGAGAAGAAGCUCAGAGACACGAUACUCUCGUCGUUUGGACAGAUUGCGAUCGAGAGGGCGAAGCGAUCGGAGCGGAAAUCGUGAAAGUUUGCAGAGGGAGCAACCAACGACUCGACGUCUUCAGAGCGAGAUUCUCGGAAAUCACGAAGCAGGCGAUCACCCGGGCGGCAGGGAAUCUGAUCAGAUUGGACGAGAGGACGGUGGCUGCGGUGGACUGCCGAAGCGAACUGGACCUAAGAAUCGGAUCCGCUUUCACAAGACUUCAGACUUUGCAUCUAAAGAAUCGAUUCAGAGAUCUAUUAGGUUCAAAUGGUAAGUGAUUCCUUCUUCCCUUUAAAACCAUAGACCAAGCCCAUUUUCCUUGCAGACGCCUCAAAAGUGAUCAGCUACGGCUCUUGUCAAUUCCCGACUCUCGGCUUCGUCACUGACCGCUACAAAAUGAUCGAAUCGUUCAUUUCCGAACAAUUCUGGAAGCUGCAAGUUAACCACACACGAGAAGGCCAUCAGGUCGAGUUCCUCUGGGAUCGGCAUCGAGUAUUCGACAAGGACACCGUCGACGUGCUGCACGAAGACUGCAAAGAAGCGAAGGAAGCGGUUGUGGAGAAAGUGACGAAGAAGCCGAAGAGCAAGUGGAGACCUCAGGCGAUGGAUACCGUCGAACUCGAGAAGCUAGGAAUCUCGAAGCUGAGAAUGUCGGCGAAACAGACGAUGCAAGUGGCGGAGAAGUUGUAUAGCAAAGGAUACAUUUCCUAUCCAAGGACGGAAACGAACAAGUUCCCCGCCGGACUCAACCUGACGCCCCUCGUCGAGCAGCAGACCUCUUCCAAUAUCUGGGGAGAUUUCGCCAAUGAGGUUGUUCAUUUGAAUCGGAAGGCAUUCCAUCACAUCCCUUCCCUUCCCGUUUCAGGUACUCCAAAAUGGUGUAAAUCCCCGAAACGGCCGGAAGAGCGACGAGGCGCAUCCACCGAUCCAUCCGCUCACUUACGUGGAUAAAACCCAACUGCAAGGAGACGACUGGAAGGUCUACGAACUCGUCGUCCGUCAUUUUCUCGCGUGCGUCUCCCAGGAUGCGCAGGGAGAAGAGACUGUCGCAAACAUCAGAGUGGGAAAUGAAAAGUUUCACGCGUCGGGACUUCGUAUUCGGGAUCAGGGCUAUCUGAGAGUGUACGUCUACGAGAAGUGGGGGAAUCGACUGUUGCCGGCGUACACAGAAGGCGAGAGAUUCUCGGAUUUCCAGCUGAAAGUCACAGAUGGAAAGACACAGCCGCCGGAUUUGCUAACCGAAGGUACCAUUCUUCGAUCCUCGAACUCUUUCAGAAUCUUUUUCAGCCGAUCUCAUCGCUCUCAUGGACAAAUUCGGCAUCGGAACGGACGCGACGCACGCGGAGCACAUUGAAAAGAUCAAGACGCGCGAGUACAUCGGAGUGAAAGCCGAUGGAAAACUGUUGCCGUCCUUCCUCGGCCUCGCGCUCGUCGACGGCUACGACGACAUGGGAUUCGCGAUGAGCAAACCGGAUUUGAGAGCAAAUUUGGAAGUGGGACUGAAGGAUAUUUGUGACGGAAGACGAACGAAAGAGGCGGUCCUCCGCGAGCAAAUCGACAAGUACAAGGCGAUUUUUGUUGAGACCGAGAUUAAAGUCGGCAUUCUGUCGCAGAGUUUGCAGCGGUAUUUGGACAGAAAUCAGCAGAACGGGGGCGGCGGCGGAGGCGGCAGCGGCGGAGGCGGUGGUCCUCCGAGACCUGGAGGCGGUGGAUUCGGAGGAGGUGGAGGUGGCCCUUCUGGAGGUUCAACUAAUCGCAGAGGAACUGGAGCAGCUGCAGCCAAACCGAAAGCACCUCCAAAGCCACGUGGCAGACCGAAAAAGAGCCCGCCGAGACACGAUUAUAACGACGAUAUGGAUGCCGAUGAGGCGGCACCAGAAGAAGGAACUGUCAGUGAUUUGUAUUGUAGUCAGAGACCCAAUUCCAUUCCUAUUCAGAUAGUGACCCUGAGCGAAAUGUUCGGAAGCAUGACGAACCCGAAACCGGCCCGAAAACCCCGUGCUCCACGAAAGAGUGCGCCGAAAGCGACGGGAGCUGCGAAUGAGUCUGAGGAAGUGUUCUGUAACUGUCCGGAGCCGAUGAAAGCAGUGGUGAAAGUGGUGCAUAAGGAGGGUCCGAACAAAGGAAAAAAGUUCUACACAUGCUCACUUCCAUACACUUCCUCUGAUAAAUGCAACUUUUUCAAAUGGGUCGAAUAG